AUGGAGGGUGACCUGACUGAGCUGAUGCAAAAAUUCUCUCUUGCUGGGAAUGAGCUCUCAGGAGCUACGCUAGAGCUUGAAGAUCUACAUAGUGGAGUGAGGGAAUGUGAAGGUAGCCUAAUAGGGAGAAUUAUGGGAGACAAAGUAGCAAACUUCACAGGGGUUAAGAACUUUGUGGUUGCAGCAUGGGGGUAUCCUAGAAAAAUGACAGUGAUGGAACUGGGGCCUAACUUGUUUCAGUUCAACAUCCCUAAUCUAGACGACAAAGACAGAAUUGUAGAAGGAGGCCCUUGGAUGAUAGAUAGUCAAAUAUUAGUGUUGAACAGGUGGUCAGAAGGAAUUGAAGAGAAUUAUGGAGCCUUUGUGACUGCACCUCUGUGGGUACAGAUAUGGAACCUGCCAGUACACUGGCUAACCAAAGAGGUAGGUAGAAAGAUUGGGGCUGUGUUCAAAGAAGUAAAAGAGGUCCCAAUUCCUUAG